AUGGCGGGCCGAGGGCCGGUCGGCUACGCGUUGCUGUGCGGCCAGGCGGCGCUGCUGCUGGGCAACCUGCUCGUCCUCCAGGGGGUGUCUCGAAGCCACCAGCAGAACGCCACGGACAGCCCCGCGCGCAGCCAGGAGCCGCCGGCGGAGACUCCGGCAAUAGCCGCCAUCUCUUCGCCGUCCUCCUCCUCCUCCAAGGCCUUGGACUACCUGGGCCCCUACGCACCGCUCGUCCUUUGCGACCACCUACCUGAAGAGUUCAUUGAAUGUGAGGAUCCUAUAGAUCACAGUGGAAACACAAGCGCGCGAGAUGGACUGGGCCAUGGGUGUCUUAAGUUUGGCGGCCAAGCAUAUAGCGAUGUAAGCCACACUCAGGUCCAGUGCACAGCCCUAGAUGGCAUUGAGUGUGCCGGCUCAAAGACUUUUCUGCGAGGGAAUAAACCAUGCAUAAAGUACACCGGGCACUACUUUAUAACCACUCUCCUCUACUCCUUUUUCUUGGGUUGCUUUGGAGUGGAUCGUUUCUGCCUGGGGCACACAGGAACAGCAGUGGGAAAACUUCUCACUCUUGGAGGACUUGGAAUUUGGUGGUUUGUGGACUUAAUUCUUCUUAUCACUGGAGGACUGAUGCCCAGUGAUGGAAGCAAUUGGUGUACUAUUUAUUGAGAAGGGGAAAACUUGCAACUGUGGACCUCACCUGAAAAAGGAACAGAAGGGGGAAGUCUUAACUUGGCAUUACUGGAAGCCUGAUGUUUGAAUUCUGUUCUAUUGCAACAAGACAGACUAUAUUGGUGUACUCCUUUUACACUGGAAUGGUUGUCAAAGAUCCUCACGAAAUGGAAUUAACAGCAAA